AUGACUGUUGCACUAAAAAAAGUAACCAUUAACAAGCAUGAAAUCACGUGGCCGAAAUCCCCAGCUAUCAUUGAGGAGAAGGGUUUCUUAGGAAAAACAUACAAAGUACAAUAUAAGGGAAUUGAUGCCGUAAUUAAAUCAAGCAAGGAUGAUUUGGAUGCGAUCUUGGAAGAAUUUCAUGUUCAUUAUAAACUUCGAGAACAUGAAAAUAUAUUAAAAUUCUAUGGUAUAAUUAUAAAGGCAGAUAGGAUAGCUUUGAUUUAUGAAUAUGCGGCUCAUGGAAAAUUAUCAUCAUUUCUUAAAGAUAAUUCCUUAUUAGGAUGGGACAUCAAAUCAAAAAUAUGUCAUGACAUAACAUUAGCAUUAUUUCAUUGUCAUGAAUUUAAUAUAAGCAAUUUUAAUUUGAAGUUGGACAAUAUUUAUUUGACUAGUGAUUGGACGGCUAAAAUAGCCGGCUUUAACAAAGAUCAUGAUAAAAGAAAAAGUCGAGAGAGUUUGAAUUCUCCCUCACCUGAUAGCUCGAUGCAUUGGGUUGCUCCUGAAGCUGUCUCUCUUGAUCAAGACAUGAGAUUAUCCUUUGAAAGGCAUCCGAAAUUAGCCGACAUUUAUUGUUUGGGUCUAAUAUUUUGGGCAAUUGCAAUGAAUGGACAAAUCCCUUAUGAAGAAAAAUCGAACAUAAUAGAAGAGAAGCAACAACGUAAUGCAAAUGAACUUUUACGAAAUCAUUUACCAAAAUCGAUUCCAUCGGAAUUCUCGAAUUUAAUUUUUAAGAUGACAAAAUUCACCCCAAGGCAAAGGCCUAACUUACUUAUGAUACUUUGUGCCUUGGAAGGAUUAUACGAUUUUGAUAACUCGCAAGAAUACUUAUCAGAAGCAAGUUCAAAAGGUUUUGAUAUCGAAAGUGAUGUAUCCGAGAAUUUGAUCUCAAAUCAAAUUGAAAACGUCAGUCAAGCGAGUCAAUUUUAUGCCGGUUCGAUUAAAGUCAAGAAAUCUACAAGUUACAAUUCGAUGAAUUCAUUAAUGAAUAAUAGUGAUAGCAACAUCAUAAUCCAUCAAGAAUAUCAAUUUUCGGAAACCGAAAUAGAUUUAUUAGAAAAGGUUACCUCAAUAUAUUUGGAAGCGGAAAAGUUGGGAUUCGAUUGGCUCAUAAAAAAUCUUAAAAGUUGGAUUGCAAUCGAGAAAAUGAAUCCAAGAACAAUUUUUGAUUUGAUGAAUUUAGAUUUAAAUCAACAAUAUAAUAGAUGUAUCAUAGGAUAUUUUUAUGAGGAAGGUUUUGGUACCUUACGAGAUACAAAACAAGCUUACAAGUAUUAUAAGAAAGCGGCGGAAGAAGGUGAUCAUUAUGCUCAAAAUCAUUUGGCUUUAUGUUAUCAAGAUGGUAUUGGUGUAGAAAGAGAUAGUCUUAAAGCAUUUGAUUGGUUUUCCGAAUCUGCUUCCGGUGGCAACGUUUCUGCUCAAAAUAAUCUUGCCAUGUGCUAUGAUUAUGGCAAAGGUACCGGUCCAAAUCGUGUCAAGGCCUUUACUUUAUAUAAAUCUGCUGCUGAAGGAGGCAACGUCAUGGCUCAAUAUUAUCUUUCAUUAUGUUACGAGGGUGGUUAUGGUACUAGCAUAGAUAAAAAAACGGCUUGGAAAUGGUUAGAAAUUGCAGCUAAAAAUGGUAAUUUGGCUGCCAAUGAAACUUUAAAGGCAAGAAGAAAAAAAAAUCAAAACUGGUUUACUAAAGGAAAUUUAUUUUCCAAGAGAAAUUCAAAAAGAUAA